GCACAAGCGGCCGAAGCUCAUCUCGCGAGCCAUAUGAGCCGUCACACAGCGGGACGCUCGCUGCACCUGUGUGUGCAUACGUGGCUACGUGUGUGCGUGUGUGUGUGUGUGUGUCUGAUUGUGUGUUUGUGUGUGAGAACGGAUACCGACGGCUUCCGGUAUGAACGGGAUUGUACGGACGCAAUUAGGCAAUUAGCGCGCGGUCGUUGAAAACGGAAAUCGGUUUCGGUUUUGGAAGCGUUUUGACAAACUCGGGACAGCGCACAAGCCACAAACGGAACUCGACGACCUGUGCAGUCCAGUCCCAGUACAGCAAUUCAGCAAAGAGUUGUGGGAGCAAUUCGAACCGACACGAAUCCAACAAAAAAAAAACGAACGAAACUAUUCGAUGCGGAAAUCUGUCACAUGCGGUUAGAGCAGUGUGAGAGUGUACAAAAACUGUACCGAAACGGUCUGUGAUGUUAGUGCAACGUUGAAGCAAUAGUAAAGUAACCCAGAAAUCGGCCUGUGAAGCACAUUACCCCUUAAAGCAUCUUAUCGUAUCAUAAACUAAUCGUGGCUUAACGGACUUAGUACUGGAGAGCUAAUUUGUCCGGACAGGCCGUUUUCCCUCAUUUUCACACGCAACAUUUUUCCGUGGCCUCGCGGAAAGGAUGGAUCUGCUGCCCUGCCUUAUCGAUUCACCGAUUGUGCAAGCCUGAUACAGCACGCGACGUCUCCAGCACCAGACGGCACCAGAAUUCGCCACAAAGCCUGUGUGACCAGUGUGUGCUCCACGAUACUCGCGACUAUCAGCAAAUAUUGAUUAUGUUUCGUAUCACAAUCGGUAAUGACGCUAACGGGUGUCGGAACGUUUUGCCAGCUACAGGAGGGAUCCGUUCUUAUCAUCAUCCCGCCGAGCUAACCCGUAUGUGACGUCUCCCGGGCGUUCGUUGUGGAUCUUUCAGUGUGGUGAACCUUCCUGGCGUUUGAGAUCAUUCUCUAUACGUCCAAAGAGUUCCAGUGUCCAGUGUAGAACGAAAAUACGGGGAUUGGAUGUGGUUUAUUGUGCUCUGCAGAAGGUUGUGACGGGUCUUAGAGUCCAACUCCGAAAUCAACUCCGUGGUAUUGUGUUGUUGUGAGAAUUGGUUCGCUAGAACGCCCUGAAGCGGAAUCGGUGCUUGGUACGGCUCUGGUCGGUGAAAAGUUCUGCCGGAUUGCUGUACUGUAUAUCCGUGCCGUGACGUGUGUUUACGAGAGCAACACGGCAGACCCACACUCACACACACACACUCAACGGAAUAGAGGGCAAACGGAUGCAAUUUGGUGAAGUGCAUGGUUGAGUGCAUUUCAAUCGUGUGGUAGAACAACGAAGAGUUGGGCCACGCUAAACAAAACAAGUGAAACACAACUAAUUAAUCUACAACCCUCCAAAAAACAACCCGGCGCUCCAGUGCGCGAUUGUGCGUGUGUAUGUGUGUGUUUGUAUAGUGGCAGCGUGUAUCUAAAUUCAGGCGUUCCCGAUGCCCCAAGCACGGAGCAGCUCAUCUUCGUUUCACUGUCCGGGGGAAUUUAUUAUGGCAGCAACCAGUCGCUACUCAUCCUACAACUGCUUGACCUCAUGGGAUUCAUACGAUAAAAUACCAAGAGUACGGGUAGAAUAUUAUGUAAAUGAAAACACAUUCAAAGAAAGACUGCAACUAUAUUUUAUAAAGAAUCAAAGAUCAAGUUUAAGGAUACGUAUCGCUAAUUUAUUCUUUAAGUUGUUAACCUGCAUACUGUACAUAUUUCGGGUAGUUACGGAUCUGAAUCCAACGUUUGCAACCUGCUACGGUUGCAAGGUGGGCAACAAGACGGAAUUCCUGUGGUCGGCAACGCGAACCGAGGAAGCGUUCCAGGAAGAUCCCAUCAUCAAUUGGGACGCGAUCCUGUGGGUAAACCGGCCGACCGAGCUGUGGGCCGUACAGUUGGUGCUUGCGCUGAUUUCGCUCACAGAAGCGCUCCUGAUGGCGUACCUCGGAUAUAAGGGCAACAUCUGGCAGCAAAUUUUAUCGUUUCAUUUUAUUCUGGAGCUCGUUACAACGAUACCAUUCGCAGUGACGAUUUUAUGGCCCCCGUUCAGGAACUUAUUCAUUCCAGUGUUUCUGAACUGCUGGCUCGCUAAGCGAUCGCUCGAGAACAUGUUUAACGAUCUCCAUCGAGCAAUGCAAAAGUCACAAUCAGCGCUAUCACAACAGCUGACGAUACUGUCGGCGACUCUGCUCUGCCUAGUGUUCACAAGCGUUUGCGGGAUACAGCACUUUCAACGGGCCGGCCAUCGACAUCUCAAUCUGUUCCAGAGCACCUACUACGUGGUGGUAACGUUCUCGACCGUUGGCUAUGGUGACUUUGUGCCUGACAUCUGGCCCUCCCAGCUUUUCAUGGUCAUCAUGAUCUGUGUGGCGUUGAUCGUGCUUCCAACGCAAUUUGAACAGCUGGCGUUCACGUGGAUGGAGCGACAGAAGCUGGGCGGCAGCUACUCCUCACACCGGGCCCAAAGUGAGAAGCACGUCGUCGUCUGCUCGACCACGCUGCACGCCGACACCAUCAUGGACUUCCUGAACGAGUUCUACGCUCAUCCGCUGCUGCAGGACUACUACGUCGUGCUGCUCAGCCCGAUGGAGCUCGACACCACCAUGCGAAUGAUCCUGCAGGUGCCGAUCUGGGCCCAGCGCGUCAUCUACAUCCAGGGCUCCUGUCUCAAAGAUGGCGAUCUGGCGCGGGCCCGCAUGGCCGAGGCGGAGGCGUGCUUCAUUCUGGCGGCCCGCAGCUACGCCGACAAGACGGCCGCGGACGAACACGCCAUUCUGCGCUCCUGGGCCGUGAAAGAUUUCGCACCCAAUAUCCCGCAGUAUGUACAAAUUUUCCGACCGGAGAACAAGCUGCAUGUAAAGUUUGCCGAGCACGUCGUCUGCGAGGAUGAGUUCAAAUAUGCACUGCUCGCUAACAACUGCACAUGCCCCGGGGCGAGCACGCUCGUCACGCUGCUGCUGCACACGUCACGCGGACAGGAGGGCCAGCAGUCGGCGGAAGAGUGGCACCGGUUGUACGGCAAGUGCUCUGGCAACGAGAUUUAUCACAUCGUGCUCGGGGACAGCCGGUUUUUCGGCGAAUACGAGGGAAAAAGUUUCACCUACGCCAGCUUUCAUUCGCAUCGCAAAUACGGAGUGGCCUUAGUCGGAGUGCGACCCGCGGAGCUGCCCGAGUUCUACGAGGACACGAUACUGCUCAAUCCCGGGCCGCGUCACAUCAUGAAGAAGGAUGACACUUGCUACUACAUGAGCAUCACCAAGGAGGAGAACUCGGCCUUUGUGGUGAACCAGAACCAAAACCAAAGUCCCGAUCAGCCUCCGAAAGAAGUAACCGCAAACAACAACAACAACAACAACAGUAACAACAACAACCACAACAUCAACAACAACACCAUCGGUGCCGGGGGUGGCUCCGUGCCGCCCAUGGCCCCAGUGCCUUCGGUCUGUGUGCGUGUGCCGCAUAGUCCCAGUCUCAAUUCGGCCAACUCCGACAGUCCCGGCUCACCGCGGGCCACUAGCAAGAUGGACGGUCACGACUUUACGACACUGGCCGUGCCAACGACCUACACGGAAAGUGUCACCACUGGUGGAAGCAAUCCGGCGGCGGGCACGACGGCCCUCACCAGCGCCAUCACUAUAUCGGACUCCAAGUCCAACCUCAAGGAGAGUGCGGCAGCACCCUUCGCGGGGACCACUCAUACCACCACAACUACGACCACGACGACCCAAUCAACGUUAGGACCUCCGACCAUCUCAUCCGCCAACCAUCUCGAAAUUCCUAGCGGCAACAAUCCAAAUCUGCUCAGUCCCGACAUCCUCAACCAGCGAAGAGGCAGCCGGAGACCUUCGAUUCUGCCCGUGCCGGACAUGUUCACGUCGUCAUCGUUUAGCAUCUCCGGCGAGGACGGUAUCGACGGUGAGGACAACGAGAGUGACGACGAGAUCGACGAUGACGUGCCCUGGCGGUCACCGUCGGAGAAGAUUGCUGGCGGAAGUGCAGAUCUUUCGCUCCUGCAAACGGUGUCGCUCGUUCUGAGCUCAUCCGGCGAAUCGAAAUGUUGUAGUUCGACAUCCGAUACCAAAGAUUCAACUCACACACCCCCUGCAUGGCAUACUGACUGUUCCCGGAUCGUGAAAGGGUUUCCGCCGGUUUCUCCGUUCAUUGGCGUGAGUCCGACGUUGUGCUUUCUUCUCAAGGAAAAGAAGCCUCUCUGCUGCCUACAACUUGCUCAAGUUUGCGAACACUGUAGCUAUAGAAAUGCGAAGGAAUAUCAGUGGCAAAACAAAACCAUCAUCCUAGCGGCCGACUAUGCGUCCAACGGCAUCUACAACUUCAUCAUCCCGCUCAGGGCACACUUCCGGUCGAAAACGUCACUCAACCCGAUCAUCCUCUUGCUCGAGCGGCGGCCCGACAUUGCCUUCUUGGACGCCAUCUCCUACUUCCCACUGGUUUACUGGAUGCUAGGUUCGAUCGACUGUCUCGACGAUCUGCUAAGGGCCGGUAUUACGCUUGCGGAGAACGUCGUUGUCGUCAACAAGGAGCUGUCAAACUCGGCUGAAGAGGACACACUAGCUGACUGUAAUACCAUCGUUGCUGUGCAGACUAUGUUUAAAUUUUUCCCCAGCAUCCGUAGCAUCACCGAACUGUCCCAGAGCUCAAACAUGAGGUUCAUGCAGUUCCGCGCACACGACAAGUACGCGUUGCACCUCAGCAAAAUGGAAAAGCGGGAGAAGGAGCGAGGCUCACACAUAUCAUACAUGUUCCGGUUACCGUUCGCCGCCGGCAACGUCUUCAGUGCAUCGAUGUUGGACACGCUGCUCUACCAAGCCUUCGUGAAGGACUAUGUGAUUACAUUCGUGCGGCUGCUUCUCGGCAUCGAUCAGGCCCCGGGCAGUGGGUUCCUCACCUCGAUGAAGAUCACCAAGGAUGACAUGUGGAUACGUACGUACGGCCGGUUGUAUCAGAAGCUGUGCUCCACCACGUGCGAAAUUCCAAUCGGUAUCUACCGUACCCAGGACACGUCCAGUGCGGAUGCAUCACAUUACUCAAUCAAUAUGGCCGACGAGGCGCGCGAUAACCAUGUGCAGCAGAUCGAACGGGCCGAGAUCGCAAAUCUGGUGCGCAGUCGGAUGGAAUCGCUGAACCUUCCGAGCAUCGAUUACGACGACGUAAGUGAAAAGCGUAACCAUCUGUCGUACGUCAUCAUCAACCCGUCGUGCGAUCUGAAGCUGGAAGAGGGCGACAUCAUCUAUCUGGUGCGGCCCUCUCCAUUCUCGGCCCAGAAAACGUUCGAGCGGCACAACUCGCGCCGAAAGUCCAACAUAUCAUUCUGCUCCAACAUCAACCUGGCGGCGGCGGCGGCCGGCUCACGGCGCGGUUCCGGCAUCGGCCUGAACACCAUCGGUGGACCUCAGCCGAUGUCAGGUUACGUAACGCCCCGGGCGCCUCCGCUGGUCACAACAAAAUCGAAUUCUCUAUCUCUUCCAGAUAGUCCUAAUGCAAUGGGACAGAUGCGGGGAAGGAGCAACUCCUUGAGGAUUGACAGCGACAUCCUGCUGAGACGCUCCAACUCACUGCGACAGGGACUACCGAACAUCGGGGCAUCGGGACGCCGGAAGUCAUCGCUGGAGGAGAUUGGCAUAAGCCACUUUGCGACGCUGAUGCAAGCAACGAAUCACUCGAACCCGAUCAAGAUUGCUCUGAACGGUAGCAUCGGGCUGGAGGUAACACCUCCAGAGGAACCGCUACCAAUCAUCGGAGUACCGUGUCUGAGCGGUGGCAUUAACCCGUCCACCCUCGGUGGACCCGGUUCCGGACUGGGAGGAUCAACGCUCGGUGGUUCCGCGCUCGGCGGUUCCUCACUCGGUCUAAGUAACGCGAUAGAGUCGAACAACAGCGCCUCCACACCGAACAUCCAGAUGCAGAACGAAUCCUCCCAGCAGCCGCAGCAUCUGCAUGGCACGAUAGUAUGAUAUAACUUAAUGUGGGGCCGCAGGCUCCGCUCGGCGGUACGCAACAACAAGUGGAUAUAGAGCUAGCCAAACACCCGUCGCUGCAGUCGUAGGUACUAGAAGAGGGCGGGAGUGCUGAGAACGGACACUCUCUCCCCGCCCGCUUUCCACCACCAUCUCCGCUCAUCAACCCCAUGCGCCAUGAACCUCACCUUCUACCGUAGGGUGUCAGAGCUUUAAAAUGGGUUUACAGUAGCGUCCCCAUGUAUCCCGUAGUGAUCGGAAGCGUCUAGCGUAGGCUACUAGAACGAUAGCAUUCAACGAAACUGUGAACCGGGCAGCUACGCGAAUGGGAACGGAAGUACCAACGACAGGGACGGCAACGGGCUCGUUAGUGUGCAUUAGGCCACGCAAGCUUGGACAAAUAGCGACAUCUAGCGUGUAGUGUGUAAUGAUAAGAACAACCAACUAACAGCUGGACAAAAAAGGUGGACCGAAGGCAACUUAAAUGGUAAAUUUUGUACUAACUACGAUUACGAUACUAACGUCACUACACUUACUACUGCUAAUAGAAUUACUAACAAUAACAAAGGUACAGUUUGCUUGUGAAGAAGCUGUUACAUUAAGAAGGAGGAAGAAUAACCCGCACACGAUAAAGCGCGAGAGAUGCGAUGCGACAGAGAGUGCAUUAAUGCGCGUAGCAAUUAAGGGCAGGUUCCACCUGUUGGAACAUUCUGUACAUACUCGGCCAACGGGAAAAAACGGACGGAACACGAAACCAAGGUCAACAAAAUUAACAAUACCGAGCUGCGAGAGGUUACAGCGUACGUCCAUAGCUCCAUGCUUCUCCGCAUGGCAAUGGCAGCACCUCCUCGGGAUAAGGGAGAACCGGAAGCGAGGCUCAGCGUCAGCUAAAUCAUAUCCUUUUGAGAGUAUGUGCUCUGUACAAAUAGUGGUUAUUCGUAGUACGUAUCGAUCAAAACCUCCCCAUAGUCGGCCUGCGUUAGCUUUGUUACUUUCUGUUGCGACCCGAGAUAGCAGCCGACGAACUCCUGUUGGCGAUUUAGCGCCUAUAAAUCCAAUAUACCAAGCGGUCCAAUGUAGAGCGAAGGAAGAGCAGUAGAUAGAGAGUUAGAGAGGCGCACAUGCCACACUCAAAGUGUGUGAAGAUUCAGGAGCAGUUUUGAUGGCGAUCAACGUCUAGGAAUGUUAAGCACUAGUCUGUAUGGUCAUCCGCACUGAUCGAGCCGAGGGACGAUCGGACGCAAUUAACCCAUCAUCCAACAAGCCCACUGUACAUAAAAUGUACACGCCAGUGUCCUUUAGUGAAAUGAAACAAAACAAAAGUCACACAAAACUUUAUGGUAAAAGCAAUGCAUCGAAAGCUUUUUAUUUCUAUUGUUAUGGACCAUUGCGUUACAGCACUGUUGCAAGUCUGCCAUUAUUUUCAUCGUUUUGCGCACACGCUAUACUUACCCUGUAAGACAGAAGGUAAGUGAAUAAUUGAGAAUAGAAAUAAGUCAAAACAAAACCAACCUUUUCCCUGUGCUCGUGAUAAGUGAUAGUAGGUGGUGAACAAAUUUAAACACACAAACAAAUUGAAACCAAAAAACAAAAAAAGCUUCAGGACCUGUAAUACUCGAUUACGUUUGACCUCCGAAUGCUCGGUUUCUCGGUUACUGCUUCGGAAAAUGUUUAUCAUGCCCUUUCUACCGCGGAAAGCUCGCCAGGAGAGAACCGAACACACGGUGAGAAGGAUUGCUACAUGUUGGAUACAUACAAAAUACACAUCUAUAUUUUUCUAGCCCAAUCGUGUACAUGUUCAGAUGGUUCUUUGUUGUUUUCAUACACUGAGCAUUAUAUUUAGGAGAACCAAAAGAAAAACGUUAGCGUAUAGAUAAGUCACACAACCCACGAGACCAUAUGUGAGACGCUUACGACGAUGCAGCUGUACAUAGGGUAUAGAGUAUUUAGACAGUGUGUUGUAGAAAAAAAUUAAAGAUGUUUGUUCUUGUUUACUAGCAAUUGUGGUGGUUUUGGAAACAACAAACAGCGUUUACUCCUAGUUUUUCACUCUCUCCAGUAGCACAUGUGCCUGGUGUUAUGCAAUGUUCUUUUAUAACCAUAUAAACACAUAACGCAUUGAAGUUUAUUUAUGAAAAAAGUAAAUAAUUCGGGAAUUUUGUAUCGAAUAUGCUUGACUCUUCAUUUAAUGUAUCUGCCUUCUCUUGAAUCGUCUAAAGAUAUGCAAUGAUUUACAUAAAAAACUUACGCUUUGAAUUCUUCUUACUGCCAUAAUCCCAAUUCUUAAUCCAUCCACAACUUAAUUAAUGAACCCACGAUGGUUAGUAAACAAGAACGCAAACACUGUGCAAACUCAUACACACCUUUAAACAACUAAACAAUACAAAAACGACAACAAAUUGAUACUAAUGUUAGUAGCGUAAUGUAGAACUGUUUUUUACGUUAAAUCAAUCUAAAGAGAACGUGUUUAUUUUUCGAUUUUCGAUUUUUCUCGUACGACUUUCAUAGCAAACCUUGUCGAACAAAAACUAACAACAACACACAAAAGAAAACCACCAUCACAAGCGGGUGGAGCGCAUCUAAAUGGCCCACUUGAACGUAAGAAAAAAAUCAUCGCUUUGGUAUACUGUAAACGCUUUACAAAAUGGCAUGGAAGAAUCACGGUCAACGGUUAAGCUGGCUACUAGAAUGCACCAGUUCCUUGGUUGGAGAUGGGGCGAGUGAAGAAGGGAUGCAAGGGUACUAUAGGGAAAGGAAGGAUUUUCUCAGGAUAGUCUCCAAGAGAUGGGAAAUGCGUGUGGGGGGAACGUGAUGAUAACCGUAAGCAUAAUCGUAGAAUAACAGACGGGUGAAAGUGUCGGGAAUUGUAACACAAGCUUAACCUAACUAGUCAACUAACAACAUCCCCUGAACGUGUCGUGAGCAACAAAAACAAAGGGAGAUGCAUAAUGAAAGUGAGAGAGAGAGAGAGAGAGUGAGAGUAACACAAAAUUAUAAUUGCAAGUACUUAAACUAAACAUAAACUGAUAGAAUUCAUAGCACCACACCCGUCUCUCCGUAUCCCCUUUUGCGUCUGUAGAAGGGGGCAGAAGAAGGCACCUAGCAAAGAAAAUGCAUAUUCGAAAGGAAAGCUCUCAACUGGUUCAACGCACUGAGCGAGGUUUGAGGAUUGAGGGACGCAGCUGUUACAACUACUACUAAAAAUGCCUUAGGAAUGGAAUUUUAAGUGUCAAGUAUUCAAACGACCAGCGAAACAACUGCAAUCCCCUCCCUGGAAGACUAGAGCAAACCAAAUGGUCACGUUAAAAGCGAUCGAGCAUGAACGACAGAUGCUGUGCUGUGUAAGAUACAAUCGGUCCGGAUUUUGUAAUAUAAACGUAAUGUAAGAUGUAGAGACAGCCGCCGACCGGCAUCAACCAGAAACAAGACGCCCUUAGACAAUAGGAUACAAGGGCACAAAAGUGGCGUGUGGAGGCUGCUCAAGCAGACAGAGAGAGAGAGAGAAAUCAAGAGGGCAAGAGGGCAGAGUAACACACACACACACACAAUAUACAGAUAGAAUUGAAACAAAACAAACAAGAAAAACACACAACUUAUACUAGACUUACAUGCAACGGAAAGCUUAGAUUUUGAACUCCAUUAUUUUCUAACCAAUAAUCGCACACAAACACACCCAAACGAAGAAACACAACCACACAUGCCGCUCUACUCUAGAUAAUCGGCAUUUUUUUACAAUUAGACGAUUGAAAAUGCAACUUUUUGGUCAUUUUGUUCAUGCACGGCAUUCUCUUUGAAUCGGGUUUUUUACAGCAAAACGUGAACUAACACACAAGAAUUGCACACAGAAGUAACCAAGUUUUUAUAAGGUUCAAUUAGUACGCCCCGCGGGGUAGCAUAGUCCCGCUUUCGAUUUCCUUUUCUGCCCAACACAUUUUAGCUCUGACUCCUGUACAUUUCGAACACCAUCAUUCCGGAACCGAUAGUAGUGAACGGCCCAUUAGAACAGAACAAACGGACGAACAAGAAGGUAGAAAACAAAAUGCGAAAAGAAGACCUUUCACUCAAAGCAGAAACAUUAAAAACACAUUUAUUAACUCUUGAUCAAUUCUAAAAUAAAGAUUUGAUUAAAAUAUAAA